UGAUACUGCUGGGUAUAUGUGCCUCAAAGUACCUACCACUGCCACUGCUUCCGUUUUAUUUUUCUCUGCCAGCGUUUGUGUGUUUCUCCGUGUAGCUGUAGAUGUACACAGCACAUGUUGGAUGCAGGGAAAAUUUUACAGGCGCCGAAUACCCUGAAGCUUCACCUGAAAGCCACCAGUUCCAAUCUAUCGAUUGCGCAGACCAAUUCCAGUGCGCUCUCCUUUUACGACGGGCCCUCGGAUUUUCGCGCUCUCUCUCGUGUGUAUUUAGCUUUUGGGCAAGCCACUUGUAGCCUCUUGUUGCUUCUUGUAGUAGCAAAGUUCAUCAGGCGCGCGCGAAUUCCAACCAUUGCCAAGUGCUUUUGGACGUCGUGUUUGUCAGUGAUAAUCGCUACCGCUGCUGCCGUGGAUGCUCUGACAAGUGAAUCGGUGCCACCUCUACAUGCCGACGUUUGUCGUUGAUACCUUCGUGGAGACACGCGUAUGUGUACCUCAUAGAGCAGCAGUUCGCGAAAUUCGAUAGGCUUUUCCUGGAGCUGACCGCCCGUGUGGACCGCGUCCAAUGAAUUUACAGCUGUGAACCGUAUCGGACUAUUUUCUAUCUGUGUACCGGCCAUCGGAUAACGGCAAUGAAUACCAACAAGUGUGGUUCGGUGUACAAUCACCAGCUGGAACCUUACCGCCACUAACUGUCUCCGGAACGAAACGGAACCAAAACUGAGAAAAUCGUGACCGGACUAAAUCGUGAAGUGAACGUUCCAAUAGUGACAACUAAUUUAAAGAACCAAACCGAGUAGCUAGAUCAAAUUAAUCGCUUCGCUAAAACCAAACCAUAUCCUUCUCGUAGGUACUGAUCAUAACUGGUGCAAUUGUCCGCUCGCCAACUCGCCAAUUUUUUUGCAAGCACUGUGUGAUAACUGUAGUUUCGUUUUUUAGUAGUAAACGCCUUAUCAAUCAGCGCUACUCCUACGUCGCUUUAGUGUGUUUGUGCAUAGAAAUGUCCGAAAAGUCAACUUAAUGAAAGUUAGGCAACACAACGAAAGAAUUCGUAGUUUUAAAUUAGUUAAUUAUGCAAAAUUUUGUGAUACUUGGAUGUGCCUUUCGAAAGUAGCCAGUCCCUUCGGAAAGUUCUACUGUAGCUGAAGACGCGAUCCCGAUCGAGUUUUUUAAGUGUAGUUUCAACCAGACCAAUCUAUGUUGUCGGUCAUUCCGGUCAGUACGUUGUGAGUUGGGUUUGGUAGUACCGAAAAAUAAAAAAAAACAGAAAACUGCAGUGGAUACUUCGGAUUUAACUGUUGUGAGGCUAUAAAGCUUUGUGAAUUUUUGUGGAAAACGAUCAAUCAACGUUAAUAGGAGAAGGACAACAUGAUUAUGGUAAGCCGGCAAUGAAAGCUUAAUUUUCGCACCUUUCGCUUCUCUUGAUCACCUUGCCCUGCCCUGCUCUGCCCGUAUCGGAUGAACCGUCAGCCAUCUCUCCCCAGCCGAGCAACGAAAUGAUACCAUUAGCAACCCAGCAGUUCGUUCGUGGUUAUGCUUUAUGCUGCAGCCACAGUCUGCGUUGUUGCUAAGCAAAGCAUUAUAGGGUACCGAAAGCCCCCACGCAAUAAUCACUGUAAUCUUCCCAUUGCGCUUUGGAUUAAAUAUCCACCGAGGCCGAGAGAAAGAGAGAACCAGCGCACAGAGCAAUAGGCAGCCGCCACCACGUGCUCGCAAAAUUUUAGCCCCCGGGACGAAAACAUAAACGAAAACGAACUCCUCCCGAAGGCUAAGCGUAAAGCAACGGAACGGGUGAAGAAAUAAACAUAUCGACAGUAGGGAACUGCUUUUUCUCUCUCCAUUUCACCGAACAUAAAUCAGAGACGCGUACACGCUGAACGAAACGGGCGAAACUUUAACGAGCUGGGCGAAGUCAACGCGCGGCAUGACGUUUCGUUGUGUCCCUUCGUACGACGCCAGCGCUCAAUGGACACUCACGCCGUCCCUUCAAUCGCAGCUGGAGCGGCUCACUAGUCAUGGAGGCAUAGGACUGACGAGUGGUAGUCCGGCAUAUACCACACACACCGGUGGUCACACGGGUCGCAACGGGCCGACCAGUGGGCACGGCGGUAGCCACGGAGGGUCACACGGUCCAGGACCCACGAUGCACCACCAGACGCUGCAGUCGGACUUCCAACCGCCCUACUUCCCGCCUCCCUUCCAUCACUCCACGCAGAGUCCUCCGCAGCAACAGAACCAUGGGUUGGACUACCUGAGUACCGAUCCCUACGGACAGCCGUUAUCCUCGCUUCAUCACGCACCCCUGCACCACUACAACCAACUAGCCGGGUUAAGACCGUCCCAGGAACAGCUAGGACUACAUCGAUCGCAUCGAGAAUCCGAACUCCAACAACACGUGACACAACUUUCGCACGGAUUUCCCUACUCGGACCGACGAAGUGACUACAGCGGCUCGAUUGGAAGCGGUGCGGGAGGUACGCGGCUUGGAGCACACGAACACGAUCCACUGUCGCUGCACCAGGCGCUACAGAGUGCGGUGGAUGACGGCCAGAAUCCGGUGAUAGACGAGAAUGCCGGUUUCAUGAGUGAUCUGCCGCUGCUGAAAAAUUUUCCAAUUGCCGAUAUCAAGAAGGACAGCAGCCAAAUGAACCUCGGUUCUCCAUCGGAUGUGUUCUGUUCCGUUCCCGGCCGGCUCAGUCUUCUCUCCAGCACCUCCAAAUACAAAGUGACAGUAGCGGAAGUACAGCGGCGUCUAGCGCCUCCCGAAUGUCUCAACGCAUCCCUGCUUGGCGGUGUCCUAAGACGAGCAAAGAGUAAAAACGGAGGAAGGUUGCUGAGGGAAAAGUUGGAGAAAAUCGGUCUCAACCUUCCAGCAGGACGGCGUAAAGCCGCCAACGUAACCCUGCUCACCUCGCUGGUUGAAGGUGAAGCGAUCCAUUUAGCGCGCGAUUUCGGCUACGUGUGUGAAACGGAAUUCCCAGCACGCCAAGUCGCCGAGUAUCUGUCCCGACAGUACUCGGAGCCCCAGGAGUCAUACCGGCGGAAAGAGCUGUUAAUCAAUACCAAACAGAUUACAAAAGAACUCAUGGAUCUGUUGAACCAGGACCGUUCACCUCUGUGCAACACCAGACCACAGCACAUCCUGGAUCCCUCGAUACAGCGACAUUUGACACACUUUUCGCUCAUCUCACAUGGUUUCGGUUCGCCUGCCAUCGUGGCAGCGCUGACAGCAAUUCAGAACUUCCUCAACGAAUCCAUCAAACACCUGGACAAGAUGUACCCCGGAAACGGUGGUAGCAUGGUGACCUCCUCGUUAGACAAGAACAAAAUGGACAACGAGAAGAAAUGACAGUUAUAAAACUAUCUGUUCACUAAAAUUGAACGAUUUUAGUCGAGCGCUGCCAACUUACGGGAGAGGGGGGUUUUGGAUGAAUUAAAACUAAAAUCAAAUAUCAUAGAAGAGGCCAAAAACAAGCUUCGCAGGAUCGUUGUCCCAAACUCUGUAAAAAAGCAAACGCAAAUAUUGUGAUGUAUAAAGAGAACAAACAACGCAUAAUAGCGUAAGAACAAGAAAAACAAGUUACACUAUGAGAUUUCAAGUUAAAUUGAUUAUAAUUAAAUUAUUAUUGGUCACCACGCAAGCGAAUGUUCGAAAGUCUGCACGUUUCAUCUCUCGGUGUUAUCAAUAUAUUUAACUGUAAUCAAUUGAAAGCAUAAACAUAAAGUAUUGUUUAGUAUUUUAUAAUCAUUUUGUGAUAGACUAUUGUUUUACAUUAAACUAUAUAUGUAAGAGCUAGCACAUGUACAUUUAUAUUUAGUUUGAAAAAUUAAUGGCCAUCGAUACUUAUUUCAUCAACAAAAUUCCAUUCUAGAGAAAAAUGGCGAAGUAAACACUUAGCCGAAUCGCAGUAAUGAUGACUGACAAGAGCACCUAAUGAUUCGUUUUAUUUAUUGUUUACACUUAAGCUCAUCCAUCUUUGACAAAAGAGCCGACGAGGUCUAGGAUAUUUGUGAAGUCAUGUGCCAAAAUGAAUGCUACGACACAGAUUUGUCUUAAACAUGUCCUCCGAUCGCCAUAAUCCUCACUCAAAUGUGCCAACCGAUCAACUUUCUGCUCAAAAUUAAAUUACCUGCCAACCCGUAUCCCAACGAGUGCCAUGUUUUCGGUUGAUUUGACAACGUGACCAUACCGUGUCAGCCAUAUUUGUUACUUUUUUUCGCAAUCAGGAGGCAAUCGAACAAAAAUUCUUGCCAUUUUCUGUAAAGUACCAAUUAUUCGAAACAGGACAGUGAGACAGAACGACACCUAACCAACAGUUUUUUCUUCCAAUUAGUCGUCGUAAAGUCAUUGCAUUGUAAAAUUUCGUAACAUAAUUUACAUAAAUUAUAAAAAGAAAACCGUGACACUUUUGCUUUGCAGAAGUUUGUUGUAUAUGUACAAAAGUCGAUUAGUAAAAAUUAUUACAUUUUUCAAAACUAAAUUAAGAACAGCAUCAAGAUAAACCCCGAACCGUAAUUCCGCACAGUUUCUACAUGUUUGUACAUUCGAUCCAGUUUGAAAGGAUACAUAAAAGCAAAGUUUUCUUCAUUCACGCAUUAGUAAAAGCUACACAUAAAUGAAUCCCGAAAAUUACAACCAACACGACAGGAAGCGUGUUUGGUAUGCCAGAAACAAAUUCAGCCGCCAUCUGGUUGCCAGGAAGAAAAGUAUUGUAAAACAUAAACUACUGGACCGCUAUAGAAAAAUUAAGAAAUUCAAUUCAAACUACAAAAAUUGUAAAAUAAUCGGUAUAAGAGCAAAUUUC